AACAUCGGUAUCACUCGAGUCGAGACAAUUUAACAAUGGCGACAAACAAAAUCGUCCGUCUGAUCGCACCGAGCCGAUCCGCCUCCUCUAGAUUCCUGGAGCCUGUAUCCCGAUUUCUAAGCUCCGGCACUCUUCCUCCUCCGCCGCAGUCACCAUCCCCGUCUCCGAAUCAGGAUCAGGUUGUGAAGCCAGAUCAGAAACUUCAAGAGAAGCGCAAGGAAGAGGAAGAGGAGGAAGAAGAAGGAGGAGGUGGAGAGUUUGUUAACGAAGAUACGGGUGAGAUAGGAGGGCCUAGAGGUCCUGAGCCCACUCGGUACGGCGAUUGGGAACAACGUGGUCGAUGCUCCGACUUCUAAGACGUGAUCCCAAGUAAUUCUGGCUACAUUUUAGGUUUGAUUCAAGAGGAAACUAAUCCACUUUUUAUGUUUUUAUCUAUUCGCAAAUAAUGGAGACAGACAGUUGGAAUUGUGAUAUGUCUGGGAUCCUUGUGCUGCUUAUGAAUGUUUUAGCUAUUUGGUUACGUAAAAAAUUUUAUUUUGUAAGAAA